AUGGAUUCCAAGUUAUUACUGCUGCUGCUCCUGCUGCUUACCCUGACUGCCAAAGGGAGCUCCGAGGAAUGUCGCACUGGCAUGAUCUAUCCGGCGGACUCUGUUUAUGAGUACAGCUACUGCUUGAAUGGAACACUACAACUGGAGUCGUGUCCCCUGGGCAGCUACUUUGAUGCGCAUUACCUCAUGUGCCGCCACGGAAAGCCGCCCGGAGGGGACGGUACGGGAUUUAACUCGGGCAAAUGUGAGCGCGUGGGCUUAGCCGGCGACUUGACCAAUUGCAAUCGCUUCUAUCACUGCCCGGGCAAGGGCGCUGACAUGGAGCUGCGCAGCUGCAGGCCUGGUCAGGUCUUCGACUUGGGCAAAUUUACGUGCGUCGCGGGCAACUGUUGA